UUUCCAGGCAUCCCAGUGGGACCCAGCAGCCCUCGGACCCCCCCAUCCAUGACUGGAAGGCAGCAGCGAGCGCUGGUGAUGCCCCGUGUCCUUCUCCCCUCUCUCGGCGCCUAAAGAGCAAACAGCAGGUCUCACUCAGCCCAUGGCUUCAGAGGAGGCAGCAAACCCCGAACCACAUCCCACAGCCCCUGUGACCCCCAAAAAGAGCCGGAAGAAAGGGAAGGAGAAGCCAGAGGCCGGGGCAGAUGCUCAGGAAGGAGGGGAGGAGGUGGUGGAGCCAGAGGCCAGGAUCCAGGCGCUGACACGAGCCGGGCACCGGGCGCUGGUGCUGGGCGCUGGGCAGGAGGCAAUUGGGUGCUUCAGGAAGGCGUUCGUCCUCUCCAGGAGCAUGGGGAGCCCCCAGCUCCGCAGCGCUUGUGCCUUCAACCUGGGGGCUGCCUACGUGGAGACCGGGAAACCCAAAAAGGGCCUCAGGUUCCUCCUCCGGUCCCAGUCCUCACUGGGGGGCCAUGGGGAGCCCUCGCCGGACCUUUAUUUCAGCAUCGAGGCGGCUCGCGAGGGGCUCCAGGACUUCCCAAAGGCUCUGGAGCACUUUGGCCUCGCCGCUGGCGCUGCUGAUGGUGAUGAUGGUGAUGAUGGUGCGGCCCGGGCCGGCAGCAGAGCCGGGACCCACGUGCGGAUGGGCUGCUGCUACCUGGGGAUGCGGGAGCCGGCGCUGGCGGCGCGGUGCUUCCUGGAUGCUGCGCGGUGCUUUGCGGCGGCCGCCAGCCCGGAGGCCGCGGCCGUGGCUCUGAGCAGGGCCAGCGGCUCCAUGCUGCAGAGCCGGGGCUUCGGGGUGGCCGAGAUCGCCGCGGUCCUCGCCCAGUGCCGCUCGCUCUGCGGCAGCAUCCGUGAUGCAGCCCUGCGAGGGAAACUCUACAGCGACAUCGGGCUCGGCUAUUCCCAGCUCCACAUCUUCCCCCUGGCUGCUGAGAGCUUCCAGAGGGCUCUGGCAUCAGAACCGGAGCAGGACAGGGCGGCCGCGCUGCUGCAGAACAUGGGCGCUGCCCACAACGCGCUGGGCAGCUUCGGCACGGCGCUGGGCUGGCACCGGCAAGCGGCAGCGCUGCACGGUGUUCUCGGGAACCGGAAGGCGCAGGGGCAGUGCUUUGGGAACCUGGCUUAUGCCUGCAGCCGGCUCGGGAACCAUGAGGCUGCUGCAGAGAGCUACCUGCACGCCCUGCAAGCCUUCCGGGACUCGGGGGAUGUACCGGGGCAGUGGCAAGCGUGCGAGGGGCUGGGAGCUGCCUACUUCCACCUGGGAGACCCCUCCAGAGCCAUCGGGCACUACAAGGAGGCCCUGACGUUGCUUUCCCGUUGCCAGGACACCCCCAGAGCCGCCCGUGAGCGGGUCGUGCACAGGCUCACCGAUGCCAUCCAGCACCGGCUCUGCCUCCACGGCCGCCUCUCCCAUAGGGUGAGCAUCGCCCCAUGGCGCAGGGAGGGUUGGGGCACUGGAGCAUCGCAGCCCAGGCAGGGCUUGGUGGACGCACCAGGGGUCGGGGGGCAGAGAUGUGAACCCCGCAGGGUCCCCCCCAUCCCAGCAGGAUGUGUCCCCCCAUCCCAGCAGGACCCGGGUCAGCUGCAGCUUCCCCCCACCCGGCCCCACGCCACCAGGACACAGCUUUGGGGGAGCAGGAUGUGA